CUGGGGCUGAAAGAGAAACCCAGUCUCCUGCUCAGAGGGGCCCCUGGGACCGGGAAACCCAGGUUCUGAAAUGCCAGACUGACGGGGGUUUCCCUGGGGUCUCCUGGGAGUGGAGGUGCCACCAGGAGUUUGAUGGCUUUGGGCCACUCGCUUAAUGCCCACUAACAGGAGGCCCAGAAGCACCCUAUAUGUUUAUGGGCCCCCCAGGAGCAGGUGAUGGUGAUGGCAGGAGCGGCAGCCUCAGGAGAGGGCUUCUAGGAACUGGGGUGGGGAGGAGUAGGGGGAAACCAUGGCUUGUGGAUCGUUCGCCGUUCUCCCGUCCUCGAGCUUGCCUCCCUGUCCUGCUUCCUCUGGCGCUAUGGCUGGCCAGCUGCGGCGUUGUUCGGCCCUCCCUGGCGUGCGCCUGCCCCGCAUCCCUCUGCCCCAUGUUCCGUGGGAGGAUGCACGGUGUCCAUGUGUGUGUCCAUGUGCGCGCGUGUCCUGUUCUCUGGCACUCCUGCUCCCUGAGUGUCUCUCUCUUGCUCUCUCCCUCUGUGCGUCUCUGAGGAUCUGUGGGUCUCUGUCAUCUGUGUCUGUGUCUCUUGGUGUAUCUCAGGCUUUGCUUGUCCCUGGAGAAGAAAGGACACUGUGUCUCUGUGUGUGCCGUGUGUGUCUGUCUGUCUGUCUGUCUGUGUCUCAGCCUCUCCCUGCUUAUAUAUUUUUCCUGUGUGUGUCUGGUCCUCUCCCUCUCUGGGUGUGUGUGUCUCCAUGUCUUCCUGCUCCCUGGCUGCCUGUGUGUGUGUCCGUGUGAGCACCCCUACUUCGUUCUCUUUCUCCCCGGCCCUCUGUGUGUCUCUUCCUCUUUGUGUGACUUGGGUUACGCGUGUAUAUUUAGUGUGUGUGUGUGUGUGUGUGUGUGUGUGUGUGUGUCCGUGUCUUUGUCCUCUCUGAGCCUGUGAGCGUGUCUGUCUCUCUCUCUCCCCUGUCUGUCUCUCAGUGUCUCUCCCUGUCUCUGCGAGUGUCUCUACGUCCCCGUCUGUGCACAGCAGAGCCGGUCCGGCCGAGCAGCGGAUGUGUGAGGGAUGAUUCAGGGGCUGACAGGAAGCCCGCUGCCUCGCCUGCUGCCCGCCAGUGUCUGCAGCAUCGGCGUCCGCUCAGGCAGGUGUGUGGGCUCAGGAUGAGGUGGCCGCAGUAGGAGCCCCCAACUCCCAGCACUGCAGGACACGUGGCCAGGAGUGGACAUGAAUGUGGAGAGCGAGCUGCUGUGGCCCGGAGUGGGCCUGCUGCUGCUGCUGGGGACGGUGGCCGGCCUGUGCGUGCGCUGCUCCCGCCCAGCUGUGAAGAAGUCCGAGAAGAUCUAUGAGCAGAGGAGCUUGGAAGAGAAUCAACAGAACUUUGCAGUGGCCCGGACCUAUUCCUUGGUCAGGCAGGCCUGGCCAGGGCCCCUGGGGGACACAGAUUCCAAUGUGGCAGCAACAAGGAAGGACAAGCUGCUGCGGUUCUCCCCCAGCCUCGAAGAUUCUGAGUCCUCCAGGUACCAGAACUUCAGCAAAGGGAGCAGACACAGAUCCAGAUCCGGAUCCGACGCAGCUUACAUAGACCCCAUCACCACAGACUAUUACAACUGCGGACAGUUCCAGAAGCCCAGGGAAGAUGACGAUGAUGAUGACGCCAAUUCCUACGAGAACGUGCUGAUCUGCAAGCAGAAGGACCCCGAGUCAGGCGACGAGGGAUCGGAAGAUUACCAGAACUCAGCAUCCAUCCGGCAGUGGCGGGAGUCCAGGAGGAUCGUGGAGCAAGUCCCGAGGGAAGUGCCUCUGUCCCUGGCAGGCAGCCCAGACGAGGACAGCGAGGACCCCGAUUAUGUGAAUCAGAAUGUGGCAGCCAUAGAAGCCUAGGAAGGAUCUGGAAGGAAGUUUAUUUUUAAGGAAGCUCUACGCCCAACGUGGGGCUCGAACUCAAGACCCCGAGAUCCAGAGUCGCACGCUGUCCUGACUCAGCCAGCCGCCCCCGUCGCCAUGUUAUUUUUGAAAUUUUCUCUUUGACUGCUUUGUUGACCCAUUGGUUGUUAUCACGUUGUCUGGCCUCCAUGUGUUUGCAUUUUUCCGUUUUUCUUGUGAUUUCUAGCUUCAUACCCUUGUGGUCGGAAAAGAUGUAUGGUAUGAUCUCAAUCUUCUUACGUUUAUUGAGGCUUGUUUGGUGGCCUAACAUGUGGUCUGUUGGGAAGGAUGUUCCAUGUGCACUUGAAAAGAAUGUGUAUUCUGUUGUUCGGGAUGGAAUAUUCUGUAUUUACCUGUUACGUCUGACAGGGGAGUAGGUUUUGAAGGUGGAACCCACAGGACUCAGCGAUGCACUGGGAGUUGGGGGGGCCAGGUAGAGAGGAGUGAGGGCUGCAGGUUUUUUGGCUGAGCAACGAGAGGAUGUCACUGUCCCCGACCAAGGUGUGAGAGGCUGUGGGCAGAGCAGGCCUUGUGGGAAGGCCAGCUUAUUUCUGGACCUGGUCGGCUUGAGAUGCCCACGUGGAGAGAAAUAUGAAGUGGGCAGCUAGACAGCUGAGCCCGGACUAAGGGAGAGGCCGGGCUGCAGACAGACGUGGGGUGUCGUCAUUGAGAGUGACAACUGUCAGCCCCAGGGGGAGUGAAGCUGAGAAGAGGGGCCAGCACUGAGCUCUGGGGGCCCCCAGGCCUGAGGCUAGGAGGCGAAACAGCAAAGGGCAGUGUCCUGAGCCCGAGGAAGACACUUGGAGAGUGUGAGCAGGCACGAGGCAGGUGGAGACGUACCAAGCACUGGUGGGCACUGGUGAGACUUGGUGGUGGUGCGGAGAAAGCCUGCUUAUAUUGAGAACACAGGAGUCCCAAGACAGGGAGUGGAGAACAUCCCAGAAGUUCCACUUCAAAAGGGAGCAGAGACAUGGGGCAGGAGCCAAAGGGGUUGUGCAGGUUUUUGAGCUAGAAGGUGGGGCUGCAGAAAGGGUGCCGUCGGUUCAAGCUUGGGGUCUGGCCGAGGCUGGAUGGAACCUUCGCAUCCUAGAUGCUGUCCCGCUCCAGGGUCCGGACUCCACAGGCCGAAGUCCACGGUGGCCUGCUGAGGGCAGGAGUGACCCGAUCCCUGGGUUCAAAGAAGUGCAGGGGUUGCCCAGUGAGGGGGAGGCGGGGUUGAGCUAAAGCUGACGCUCCUGGCAGGUCCCUUCUGGGUGGGAGGGGAGACGGUGGCCUUGGAGGUGAGCGUCAGUCACCAGUCCUGUACUGAUGAACCCAGCCUCACCUGGAUCCACGAGCACAGGGAUUUCAGAGAGAAAGAAGGCUGCUUGAUGGUUCCCUGACCCUGACCCAGCUGUCCCAGCGCCGGGGGAAGAAAGUGCCAGUCUAGGCAACCCUUCCGCUUUAACAAACCUUUCUGGUCUUC